UUUAAACGCGGCGUUUCUUCCCUACAUUGUGUUAGUCGUCUUUAUAUAUGUUUAAUGUUUGUAAAUGAACUGCACGACCUUAUCGAACACGUAGAAUAUCGGGUUUUAUUAUACGUUAGCAGAAAUACGUAACUAAGGUCAAAAGUUUGACAAGACUUCGUUCGAAAAAAACGCUCAUUUAAAGUUUCCUCAAUUCGAGAGAAGAUACGCACAUUCUGCAACAUGAAUGAAGACUUUUAAGGAAACUAGGAAUGACACUCUUUAAUUCGGCACACUUUAAACAUUGUUUAAAUGUAAAUGACUAAGUAGUUAUAGAAGUUGAAAUAGCUAAUUAAGUAAAUUUACGUCGCGUUAUACUGAAUGCGUCACCUUUAUUUUGUGAUAAAUGAAUUACACUACCACAAAGCAACUACCUUCUUCCUGUAGCAUUAAUUUGCUUAUUUAAUCACAUGUUGGACAAACAAAAAGCAGCAGAUGCAGCCUGUUAUUGGCCCUUCAUCACCCAGCUGUUCCUCCACCUCUGACUGCUUCCCCCUCGGUCACCUCAACACAGCCGAAUGUGGAAGUGAGACUCGGGCAGAACAAAAGAAAGACGAAGUGAGAGCAAACAACACACCUGCAGGUCUCUCCAGGAUGAGGUCCGUCGUGAGCUUCUACUUGUGCUACCUGCUGUGCCUGGGCCUGGGCCUGGCCUGUGUGGUGUGCGUGUGUUUGUGGAACAGCCAGUGGCGUAACGGCUUCGCGUGGGACGGCUCGGCCCUGCAGUUCAACUGGCACCCGGUCCUUAUGGUGACGGGUCUGGUGGUGCUGUACGGCAUCGGAGCUGUGGUGUACCGCAUCCCCCUGACCUGGGGUAACAAUAAACUUCCCUGGAAGCUGCUGCAUGCUGCUCUGAUGCUGCUCUCUCUCAUACUGUCAGUGGUGGGACUCUGCGCUGUGUUCGACUUCCACAACGCCAAAAACAUUCCCAACCUCUACUCCUUACACAGCUGGAUCGGAAUCGCUGCUGUAGCUCUCUUCGCCAUGCAGUGGGCGGUAGGUAUGGCUGGCUUCCUCCUUCCCUGCUCCCCAAUAUCGCUGCGUAAGCUCCUGAAACCUAUCCAUGUGUGGAUGGGAGGCAGCAUACUGUGGCUCAGCAUUGCCGCCUGCAUCUCUGGCAUCAAUGAGAAACUCUUCUUUGUUCUGAAAGGAGACAGCAGUGGAACUCAGCCAUACUCUAAACUUCCACCUGAGGCUUUGUUAGCAAAUACAUUAGGAGUUCUGAUUGUCGCCUUUGGCUUGAUAGUCCUGAAGAUUCUGUCCAACUCUAAAUGGCAGAGACCGGACUCACGGCCUGAAGAUAUGUCUUACUCGCCGUUGCUUCAAGAAGAAAAUGAAUGAAAGGAAUUCUGAAAACUGCUUACUGCAUCAAACCCGUCCAUGAAUAAUCAGUUCAACCAUCACAGAUAACAAGUGGCUUAAAGAUUGAAAUGUUCCAACCUGAAUGUAAAAGCUGCUAUCUGUGUGUGUUUGGAAUGUAAAUAUUUAUUUGAGAGUAUAUUUAAGAUUGCUUUUCCGCUUAAUAAGAAUAAAAAUGUGUUAA